AUGCUAGCGUCGCUGCGGAAGGCGGGUUCUUUGACUCGGUUCGCGUCUGUGGGCCAGAGGCGUUUCCUCUCUAUUCACGAAUACCAAUCCGUGAAGCUGCUCAACUCGUAUGGCAUCCCGACUCCGAAAAGCAUUCCCGCUAGGUCGCCGGAGGAAGCGUUUGACGCAGCCAAGCAGUUUGGUGCCAAUGGAUGUGUUAUCAAGGCUCAGGUCCUCGCCGGCGGACGAGGAAAGGGUAAGUUCGACAACGGCUUACAAGGUGGUGUACAUAAAGUCGAGAGCCCGGAGCAAGCGAAGGACCUUGCUAGCAAGAUGCUUGGUGCAAAGCUCAUCACCAAACAGACUGGUGCUGCUGGCCGAGUCUGCAACGCAGUCAUGUUGGCUGAGCGUCGAGACCCUUCCCACGAAUAUUAUGUUGCGGUGCUGAAUGAUCGUGGCACGGGAGGGCCCGUCUUGGUCGCGUCUGCUCAGGGAGGAAUGAACAUCGAGGAAGUCGCGGCAAAGGAUCCCAACGCAAUCUUCACGACCCCAAUCGAUUUCGAGAAGGGUCUCAGCAAGCCAGUCGCGCAAGAUCUUGCCAAGAAGCUGGGUUUCAAAGGCGAGGAUGCACAGGAAGAAGCUGCAAGUAUUUUCAUCAACUUGUACAAGAUCUUCAAGGACAAGGAUGCUACACAAAUCGAGAUCAACCCCUUGGCGGAGACGUCUGACGGCCAUGUUCUCUGUAUGGAUGCCAAGUUUGGGUUUGACGACAACGCGGAAUUCCGCCAGAAGGAUAUCUUUGCUCUUCGCGAUAUCACUCAGGAGGAACCUUCAGAAGUUGAGGCCCAGAAGGCCAACCUCAAUUUCAUCAAGCUCGAUGGUAACAUUGGCUGUUUGGUGAAUGGUGCUGGUUUGGCCAUGGCGACCAUGGACGUUUUGGCUCUCCACGGAGGCAACCCUGCGAACUUCCUUGACGUUGGCGGUGGUGCGACACCAGAAACGGUCAAGAAAGCAUUUGAAAUAUUGUUGAGAGAUCCCAAAGUGAAGAGCAUAUUCAUCAACAUCUUCGGCGGUAUUAUGCGUUGCGAUUAUAUCGCUGAGGGUGUCAUCAAAGCUACGAAGGAGCUGUCCUUAAAAAUCCCUCUGGUCGUUAGAUUGAAGGGAACAAAGGAAGCUGAGGCAAAGCAGAUGAUUCGGGACUCGGGCUUGAAGAUCAUACCUUUUGAUGGGCUCGAUGAAGCAGCGGAGCGUGCCGUCGAGCUGGCUCAUGCCUAG